AUGCGCCAUGCACCUCCUUACCGCUCGGCCAGGGGCGGACGCCCUCGUGGUCGACCCAAAGGACACGAGGAGGAAGAUGAAAUACCCGAAGUCUACCGGGAAAUGCUCGCUGAAGCAGAAUUCCGGAGUCCAGAUGUCUCGGAUGCGGAUCGUCCUAUCAAGAAACGAAAGGUUGGAGCUCAGAGAGCUACAACUUCUGAUGUUGUUUCUGUGCCUCAAAUACCACUGCCAAAGGAGGAUCAAGGCCAAGCCAGCCGGCAGAUACAGACAGUCUAUGACGAGCCCACGUCAGAAGAAUCCGAUAUGGAGUGGGAAGAAGUUGACCUUCUACAAACCCCAGCUCAGUCCAUUCAGAUAGGUCCUGUGACGACGAGGGGCGACGAUGAAUCACUCCAGAUCACUCUCGACAAUCAUGAAGGAAAGAGACGGAAAGUAAUCUCAAGGCAAAAGCCACUCACCGCAGCCGAGAAAAAGCUCAGAUUAGAUAUACACAAAGUUCAUGUGCUCUGUCUCCUCCGCCAUGUGCAAAUACGGAAUCUAUGGUGCAACGACGAUGAACUACAGAGCUUCCUCAAGAGGAUGUUACCCAAGCAAGUGAUAGCCAUGUUAAAUCCACCAGAGGACAAACCACAGUACAGCCGGUCUACAACUUUUGUCGAGGGGCUGAAUCAAGCCAGUGAUGCUUUUAGCAGGAGAUUCAGAGUAAAUAGACCGGGCUUGAAACGAGCUCAUUGGGUAGAUGAUCCGGAAAAGUUGAAGCAAAAAGCGGAGUCUAUUAUGUCCGAUGCGGAAGUCUUUUUGUCAAAAGAAGACUUCUGCAAGCAAGCUAGGACAAUGCAGGGCUCUCGUGACUUUGGUGCUCAGUUGUUCUGUGCUCUUCUACGCUCUGCAGCUGUGGAAGCGAGGCUGGUCUGUUCACUCCAGCCUUUGCCAUUUUCUGGGACAACAAAGAGCAUGACGCCGAACAAGCCAAAUUCCCAGUACAUUGUAAUAUCAUCUGAUAACCAUGACACGUCAGCAGAUGAUCAACAGACGUCAGGCCUCUCGCCAACUCCACCGUCAAGGUCUCGAAGACUUGGUCGACCACAAUUCACUCCAGCGCGUCCACCCAAGACCUCUGUUCCAGGUCCGCGAUUUACCACUCGAGUCUCGCCUUAUCCGGUAUUUUGGGUCGAGGCAUUCAAUGAAGCAGUCCAGAAAUGGGUCCCUGUCGAUCCGCUGGUAACCAAAUCGAUUGCAAAACCAUCUAAGUUUGAGCCGCCCUUCAGUGAUCCAUCAAACUGCAUGUGUUAUGUAGUCGGGUUUGAAGAAGAUGCAUCCGCAAGAGACGUUACCAGGCGCUAUGUAAAAGCAUUUAAUGCAAAAACACGCAAAAUGCGUGUUGAAUCUACUAAAGAUGGCGAGAGAUGGUGGACAAGGACAACGCGCUUGUACGAAAAGCCAUUUCUGGAGGACAGAGAUGAGUUGGAAAUUAGCGAACUGACAGCGAAAACUGCUGCCGAGCCUAUGCCGCGGAAUGUGCAAGACUUUAAAGACCACCCAAUAUACGCGAUUGAGCGACAGCUUCGACGGAAUGAAGUUGUGUUUCCCAAACGCGUCAUUGGCCAAGUCGGUCUUGGAAAGUCGGGAUCGAAAGAUCAGGUGUUGGUGCCGGUGUACCGCCGUAGCGAUGUUCAUGUUGUCCGCAGUGCCGAUAAAUGGUAUCGCUUGGGACGAGACAUCAAAAUCGGCGAACCCCCAUUGAAACAUAUUCGAGCCAACAGAAACAAGGAUGUUGGUUUCAGCGAAGACGAGCACGACAAUGAAAGUGGCGUGGAGAUUCCUCUGUAUGCAUAUUUCCAAACCGAGAUCUACACGCCGCCGCCUGUUGUGCAGGGGAAGGUACCCAAAAACUCUUAUGGGAACCUGGAUGUCUAUGUGCCGAGUAUGGUUCCUCCUGGAGGUGUGCACAUAAAGCAUCCCCAAGCUGCCCAUGCAGCCAGGGUCCUUGGUGUUGAUUAUGCAGACGCAGUUACAGGCUUUGAUUUCAAGGGCCGACAUGGAACUGCUGUUAUUCAAGGAGUUGUUGUUGCCAGCGAGUAUCGGGAGGCGCUUGAAGAGGUCUUGAAUUGCCUUGAAGACGAGAGAAGGCAAGCCGAGUCCGAGGAAAGAUCGACAGAGAUGUUACGGUUGUGGAAGCAUUUUCUUCUAAAACUACGAAUUGCAGAAAGGGUCAAACGCUAUGCCAUUGAAGGUGAAGAGAGCGCUAGUGAAAGCUCUGAAGGCUAUGAGAAUCAAGAGGAAGCCGGUGGCGGAUUUCUCCCUGAACCAGAGCAGGAAAUGGCCGACGCAGGAAAAUUUUCGACUUAUCAACGAUCAACCGAACAAGAGCCUCGAGAUUAUACAUUAAAUGAAGCAUCAACAAAUGAUAGCGCCCGAGGAGAUGAAUCGCAAGGUGAUGGAUUCAAAGCUGACAAGAGUGCCAACCACAUAGAAGCAAUCAGUCAGAAUACUUCCGAAAUCGACAUUGCCAAGGCAUCAAGACGUUCUCGUUACAGCCUUAUCGUCGUUCCUAACAAGAAAGCAAACAGUAAUGAGAACGGCACCUCCCAACAGCAGCCGGAACAAUCUCCUGAAAUAGUGGAGCUUGACCCAGCAGCAGAGGCUGAGAGUGUGAAGAGCUCUGGGCAGACUGGUCCUGCAGGCUCAUCGCAAGCUCCCAUUAUCGUCGACUCUUCAACAGCAGGCGGCUCCAAAUCAACUAGUGUUGAGAUACUGUCGCGGGCAGCAUCGCAGACCCAAUCGCGAGCUCACACACCAGAGGAAAUGGACGAGAUAUCAGAAGCUGAUGACAAUGGGUCAUUGUUGUCGCAUGAUCCCGAAGAUGAGGAUGCGAUUCCAGAGUGGCUAAUUGACUUUGUGACACCAAGGACACAGAACGCCGAAUCCGAUGAUGAUGAUGACAAUCUCGAUUAUAUCGAUGAUGCCGCUCAAGAUAAUAAUCCGGAUAGUCGUCAGGUGAUCGAGAUAGAUGACAAUUCCGAUGGCGAUGCUAGUUAUCAACCAACCUCACAUACACGGGCCCGGCGCACCGGGGGCGCCAAACAAAGACCAGAUGCCGCGCGCAAUGCAUCGGGGCUGAGAAGGGGUACAAACCAAGCUGGUCCAGCUGAAAAGCGACCCGGAAGGAAGAGUAUCGAAAGUGUCAAGGGCAACAAGAAGAGGACGGAGAAGCAGCAAAAGGACAAGACACUCACUCAGAUGGAUUACGUGCGGCGUUACCUGAAGAUCGAGCCUGACGAUGAAGUCAAGCUGGAGUACACCUAUAUCACUCCGAAGAAGAAUGAUAACCAGAAAUUCAAAGCAAAACUCCCUCGUGGGCUUGAGUCUGCGCCCACUGAGUAUGCCAGCGCCCAAGAAUCCUUAAGCUCGAGCAAGAAGAGGAAGCUGGAGGCUGAGGAGGAUAUGAAAGAAGUCUUGUCCAGUACUUCGACACCGGAAAAGAAAAUCUUGAAAGGAAGCCCGUAUACGCCACGAAAACCACGGAAAUCUGAAAUACCUUCCUCUCAGUCACCCGAAAGUCCUGGGGUUGCGAUAAUUUCAUCAUCACAAUUUCGAAACGCUACUCGAUCCCCUCCCAACAUUAAUUCUUCGACCAAGCCCACUCCUACCAUCAAAGAAGAAUCGCCUAGCUUGGACCAGACGGAAAUAAUCACAAGGCAGGUGUCAAUGGUUGAAGAUCAAUUGUCGUCGUCCAUGAUGCCCGAUUCUGCAUUGUCAUCCCAGCUUGCUGUUGAUGAUGAAACGACCUUUGAUGGUGAAGAGACACAGUCGAAUUCAGCAAAGGGACCAUCCGCUUCCGCGUCUGAGUUGGAGGAGAAACCCGAACCUGACAAACCUCCACCGAGUACGGAGAGAACAGUAGUGUAUGAAACGGACGCCGAAACGGACUAUAGUGAUGAUGAGCCCAUAGUCUCUGGGCCGCAUGACGAGCCGAAUGCGGUUGUUUUUGAGGAUCAAGCCGACGAGGAUGAAGACAGAUCACCACUCAAUGACUCCCAAGACCUCCCUCCACCUAUAAUGCAUCCUGGUUUGGAAGAUGAGCCUGGGCCUUUACAGUCUGAAACCAAUCUGUCGUCCGAGGCAUCAAUCUUAUAUCAAAGACGGCACCCUGCCACUCAAUUUCCACUCGAACCCAUACCUACGCUGAGCACUCAGAAGCUGGCGGAGCUUUUCCCACAGGAAUCCAGCAUUCAGCAAACCAUGACAGAGACUUCGUGUACCAAGUCAUCCGCUCACAAGGUUCAGGCAUUAUCUGAUCCCUCCUUUCAGACGCAGACUCAAAGCCAAACCCAAGACCUGGACAAAUAUUCGACGGAGAUGAUCCCGGAAUCCUCGCCCGUCGCACGGCACGGAGACUACGCGAGUACGGGUGAUCCUUUACUCCCUCAGAACCGUGCUCAGAGCGUGGUGCAGGUAGAGUCUUCACAAAUAGUGGAUCGUCUCAAAAGGCAGGCUGAUCCAGAUGAAGAUUCUCGCCCUAGGGGAAUGCUGUCCCGCAGCCAACUUCUCACCUCUAGUGUCAUGGAGAGUGUUCCUGUGCCGGGUUUCUGGAUGGGCAGUCAGGACAGUGUUGGAGAACCCUACAGCUUGACAGAUACAUAG